UACAGUAGGCAAGCACAAUGUAUGAGGCGCUGUGUUCCAUUUUAUAACCCUCUUAGCUUCUGUAAAUCAGUAAGUAAGGACUUCCUUACAGGGUGCUAAAGUUCGUUCAGCUAUAGCCAACUAUGGUCAGACACAGGGGGGACAUAUGGAGUUCGAUUAAGGUACUCAGGCUUUCAAUUCCUGCAUCAGCUGUCGGCGUGUGUGUAGUAAAGUCCUGAAAUAUUUGCAGACUUCCUCCAGGUGUUUUCUGGUGCUGCCUGUGCCAAAAAAAAAAAAAAAAAACAUGGAAAAGGAAGAGAUCAAAGAAAGAUCCCCAUUGGGUGAGAUGGAAGAGCAGGUGAAGGAGGAGCAGGCCGGUGUCAGCAGCAGCAGCACAGAGCCAGCCAGAGGGGAGGAGGUGGUGAAGAAGCGUGGGAGCUCCACGCAGGACUCGAGGAGGAGCAGCUCCUCUCGCUCCUCCAGGAAGAGCUUCCGCCUCGACUACAGGCUGGAGGAGGACGUCACUAAGUCCAAGAGGGACAAGCAUGGCCACUUCGUUAACCCCUGGCCCACGUGGCAUUCGCCUACCUUGUACAACGUGCUGAAAUGGCAGUUUACAGAGAAGGACCACAGCAAAGUUCCCAGCUCUAAAGAGGAGCUUGACAGGGAGCUGCCAGUGCAGGAGCCCUACUUCAUUCAGAACCCUCAGCUGGCUGGCAAGACGGGUGCAGGGAUGAGAGCCACAUGGCUGGGUCACGCCACUGUCUUGGUAGAGAUGGACGAUCUGACCUUCCUGACUGACCCCAUAUUCAGCCAGCGGGCCUCCCCCUUACAGUUUAUGGGGCCUAAGCGUUUCCGGGGACCCCCCUGCUCAGUGGCUCAGCUCCCCAAGAUUGAUGCCGUGGUCAUCAGCCACACCCACUAUGACCACCUGGACGCCGGCUCAGUGGCCAGUCUGAAUGAGCGCUUUGGCAGCGAGCUGCGCUGGUUUGUGCCCCAGGGCCUCAUGGACUGGAUGCAAAAGUGCGGCUGUGAGAAUGUCAUUGAGCUCGACUGGUGGGAGGAGAACUGUGUCCCAGGCCACGAUGAGGUCACCUUUGUGUUCACCCCAGCACAGCACUGGUGCAAGCGCACUCCCACAGACGAUAACAGGGUGCUCUGGGGAAGUUGGUCCGUCCUGGGACCCGGAAACCGCUUCUUCUUCGCUGGGGACACAGGUUACUGCUCAGCUUUUGAGCAGAUUGGAAAACGGUUUGGCCCCUUUGACCUGGCAGCUAUUCCCAUCGGAGCAUACGAACCAAGGUGGUUCAUGAAAGCCCAGCAUGUGGAUCCAGAGGAGGCGGUAAGGAUUCACAUUGAUGUCCAGGCAAAAUGUUCGCUUGGCAUUCACUGGGGGACGUUUGCUUUAGCUUAUGAGUUUUACUUGGAUCCACCUGUUAAACUUAAAGAAGCCAUGGAGAGAUACGGACUGAACCAGGACAACUUCUUUGUUUUAAAGCAUGGAGAAUCUAAAGAUUUGAAUGUUGAGGAAGAUGCGUUCGAGUGAAGAGGAGAUGGCACUGGCUAGAUGUAAAAGUAACAUGAAUAGUUUUUAAAACUAUCAUUGCAGAAAUUAUAACUGGUUCCCGGUUAUUUAUUUAUUUAUGUGUGUGUGUGUGUGUCUGUGUGUAUAUACACAUAUACAGGCUAACUUCACUAUAACGAAUCCCCAUGGGACCUGGAGAAAUGUUCAUUAUAUCAGGGUGUUCACUAUAAUAAGGUUUGGCAUUUUUCUGUGUCAGAAUAAUGACAAAACAGCACAUUUGAAUUGAACAUCAAUAUACAGUACUUUUAUGAAGAUUCCUUCACAUUGAUCAACAUUUAAACUGUAUUGUGACAAGGUACUCGUGUCACAUAUGUGGGCAACCGCAUUGCAAGACAGAGAGCCAUGGGAGUUGGAGUUGAAACGCUGGCACAGGCACGCAGGAUUUAUUCAACACAAAACAGAAAGUAAACAAAUGGGUCAUGUGACGCUACCAACGAUGGUAACGCACAGAGGACACAUACAGAAGUUUCAAUCGAGCGCCCAUCUGUAAACAAUCAUUUGAUCAAACAUAACGACUCCAAAAAGCACACAAAACAAACCUGCUUCCACAUAUAAAUUACACCAACACUAAUUUCCCCCCGUGCAGGGCAAUCACCAUGCUACAGGUAUGUUUAAAAGAAAACAGUAAAGAAAUGAAAAAGGAAAGAAUGUACACUUACAUGCUGAAUACAGUAAUUACAUGUCCUUUCUCUAGAAAAAACUAUCCAGCAUAGAUUGUGGUUGCAGUUUGUGUGAAGAUGACUGACAGGCAACGAUUGCAUCCGUCAUGCAUGAUUCGUACUACAAUAGUAAUCUUUGAAUUAGCGUUAUCUUUGAAUUAGUCAACCAUGGUCUUUGUUUUCACUGAGAGAAUAAUCGAUAUUAAUAUCGAUUAAAUGAUCCUGUACGCGAUCGUUCUAAUAGGGCUAAUUUGCAUUGAAAAAAUCGUUUCUUGCUGUUCGGAUCGUUAAAAACGGGUGUUCGUUAUAAGAAGGAUUCAUUAUAGUGAAGUUAGCCAGUGUGUGUAUGUGUGUAUAAUAUAUAUAAUGUGCUUUUGAAUUCAGCUGAUGUUCAAAGACAAUGCUAAACAGAUUUGUACUGUACUUUGCCAUAUAUUUGCUACAUGCUUGCUAACAGGUUUUAUAAACAUGAUGAAUAUUGCAUCAGAUCGUGAGUGAAAUUUGCUGUAAGUUGGGGUGGGGUGAGGAGUGAACCAAGAGCAGUGCAAUACAAAUUAUUUUUACCUUGAUCUUUGUAGUUCAGAAUGUCAGUGUGCUGAUUCUUUGAUACCAAAUGUUGUAAAUCCCAAUGAAGCAGCACAAUCAGGACACAACAUUCUCUUUGUGUCCUGUAUGUGUAAAGAGCAGCUAAUUUAGAAAAACAGAAAUGGGUUUAAAACAUUAAGCAAGUUGUAUGGGACAUGUAUGGAAUGUAGAUGCCAACAGUAGGCACAAAAUUAAUGUGGUGGGUUCUGUAGCUGGCAAAAGCACAUGCAAUUACAAAAAAACACAAGGAAGGCUUGUCUUAUUUAGGAAGUAGGAAGAAGUAUUGAAUACCAUAUAGAGAUGGCCUUAAGAAGUAAGCCUUUUAAAGAGAGUUAGUGAUUGCCAGUCCUGUAUUUCUAAUGCAAAAGAUGUAAAAUGCAGGUCAGUUUUACUGCAAAUUGUCAACACUGUAUUUUUUGAGCAAACAUGAUAUGGUAAUUUUAUAAACCUAGAUUUUGCCUGUAUUCAGAACUGCUCUUUUUCACAUACAUAUCUUUUCUCAUAGGCCAAAUAAAUGCCAAAUCUAAAA